GAGACUACUAGGGUCCGGUUCAGUUUUAAUUCUGUCUCUAAUCUCUGCUACAGCGGAGCUUCCCGGGUCCCGCGGCUCCCGCGCCCGCUGCGCCCAGGCCAGCGACCUGGCGACGGUCAGAGCCAUAUCUGCCCCCUCUCCCACCAUGGAAACCCUGCGAGAAAAAGUAGCCCCGGAAGCGCGUGCCUGAGGAUUCCGCACAAAAGAGGUGCCCAAAAUGAAGACCCUGGUGCGCCAUGGUCUGGCAGUGUGUUUAGCGCUCACCACCAUGUGCACCAGCUUGUUGCUCGUCUACAGCAGCCUCGGCGGCCAGAAGGAGCGGCCCGCGCCACCGCAAGCCCCGGCGCCGGCGACCGGCAGCGCGCAGCCCGCGGCGGACAGCAGCCCCCAGCCGCGACCCGCACCGCGGCCGCUGGACGGGUACCUCGGCGUGGCCGACCACCAGACACUGAAUCAGUAACCAGAUUUUCAGCACCAGCAGAGCCCACAAAUCACAGAACUUGAACACAGGAGACAUAGGGUCAGAAAUCUGGAGGGCGCUUUCUCUGGAGCAUGAUCAAUACUGAACACAGCAGUGGAGGUUUCUGAUUGUGGAUGGUUCUGGGACAGAAUGACAGAAGGGCUCUCCCUUGUAGUCUUAAACAAAAAUUCAUGUGUUUGUGAUACGCUGCGCCACUGAAAGUGCUUCACAAGCAUUAAUGUAGAGCUCAUGACAAUGCAGUUUCUGAGACUCAACAACUCUUAAUGGGUGCAAGUGAUGCUGCUGCUUUUGAUCCAAGAGCCAUACUUUGCGUAAGAGGGUUCUAACUCACAGAACCCAGACCAGGGCCCUUCUCACCUGAUAGUAAGAGUAAUACUGUGUGUGUCCUAUAUGAAUAGUACAUAGCUAGAAUUUAUACUUAAUUUACAUUAGUACAGUAAUCAUUGUCUUUUAAGAGUGAUGUUUAGGUCAUUUAUAUUUAUUGUGAUUUUUGCUACAUAUAACUGGUAUAUAGUGGAGGUUUUUGUAUCUUUUAAAUAUUUUUGCAUUUCACACUUGUGUUUGCAUUUCACACUUGUGUUUUUCCUUGCAAUACCUGGGAUUGAACCCAGGUAGCACUG